AGGCGGGGCCCUGUCUCUUCAGGCGUCCUUGUGACAGGACGCAGCACUUCCGGCUAUAUCCGGCUGACAGUGAGCUGUGCACCUGACAUAGAGAAGUACUUCUGAGGUCAUGGACUCCCGCUUUAGCCGUGGCAAGUCUACUAUUUUAGAGCGUUCACUUGCUAGACCAAAGACAGAGGUGAGCCUUAGUGCGUUUGCGCUUCUAUUUUCUGAAAUAGUCCAGUACUGCCAAAAUCGUGUUUAUUCUGUUUCCGAGCUCCAAGCUAAAUUGUCCGAGCUUGGCCAACAAGUUGGAUGUCGCAUCCUGGAUCCCUUAGUGAUGAGAGAGAAGAAUGGAAAGCGCGAGACCAAAGUUAUAAGCGCACUUCUUUUCAUAAAAGUCGUCGCGUGGAAAGCUCUGUUUGGCAAAGAAGCAGACAAGCUAGAGCAAGCAAAUGAUGAUGACAAAACCUACUACAUCAUCGAAAAGGAUCCUCUGAUCAAUGCGUACAUUUCAGUUCCGAAGGAAAACAGUACUCUUAACUGUGCGUCUUUCACAGCUGGCAUUGUAGAGUCCUUGUUGACCUGUAGUGGAUUUCCAGCAAAAGUGACUGCCCAUUGGCACAAAGGAACCACCCUUAUGAUUAAAUUUGAUGAGUCUGUAAUAGCUCGGGACAAAGCCUUGGAUGGACGCUAGCCGUAAACAUUGAUGGCAUUCUUGUUUUUUUAGUUGGAAUGUUUUCCUUCAGCAUGACACCCAGAAUGUGUAAUUCAUUAUUAUAGAGUUUACUAGUUUUUUAGGGAAAGUUAAAAAAAAAAGUAUAAGCUUCCCCCUCCCUUCUGCAUCUUUUUAACUGUAUCUAUUUAAACAUGUUUAUUAUACCAUCUGAAUUAAUAUGUUCACUAAAUGCAAAUAAAAAGAUCACUUGUGUACACUG